GCGGCACCUAGAUGGGGUUAACAGUAGCAGCGAGUUUUUACAGUUACUUUCCUCAUAACGUGACAGGAGAGCUGAGUAGACGCAAUGCAAGAGCGGAAGGGUUUUAUGUUCAAACCCCAACAGCAACCUCUUGGGUUAAGAUCUGAGGUCCGUGCAACAGGAAACUGCUAAUCCCCAUAUUAAAAAUUAUCUAAGCAUUUCACAAUGACUCAUAAAGAGCAUUCAACCAAGCGCAAAGUUCUCCUGAAUGUGCUGUCUGGUCAGCGAGAGGAAAGAGGAAGUAGCCCCUGGGACUCUGGGGAGAAGAGCAGACUACGAGAAGAGGAGGGAAGAGUGGAAGCAUCCACCUGCCCUCCUGAGAUUUUUGGCAAGACUGUUGGAGUGUCCUGGGCCUGACGCCACCUGUUGGGAAGGAACAUGAGGAUCCCUUGGAGCCCAUUCAAGAGGACGAUGGAAGGAACCAUUUAGAGUAAAUAGAGUGAAAAGUACAGGCUGCCACACUGGGGCCUGAAGGUUGGCAGUGGAAAAGCCUGCUGGGCUGUGAUCUCUCACUCCAAAGUCCCAAGUGCCUUUUUGCUUCCUGCAAAAGGAAGGAAGCCAAGGAGGAGACCAUGUCCAUUGCCCUGAAGCAAGUGUUCAACAAGGACAAGACCUUCCGGCCCAAGAGGAAGUUUGAACCCGGUACACAGAGAUUUGAGCUGCACAAACGGGCUCAGGCGUCCCUCAACUCGGGUGUGGACCUGAGGGCAGCCGUGCAGUUACCCAGUGGGGAGGACCAGAACGACUGGGUGGCUGUGCACGUGGUGGACUUCUUCAAUCGCAUUAACCUCAUCUACGGCACCAUCUGUGAGUUCUGCACUGAGCGGACCUGCCCUGUGAUGUCAGGGGGCCCCAAAUAUGAGUACCGGUGGCAGGAUGACCUCAAGUAUAAGAAACCAACUGCACUGCCCGCUCCCCAGUACAUGAAUCUGCUUAUGGAUUGGAUUGAAGUCCAGAUAAACAAUGAGGACAUAUUUCCAACAUGUGUUGGCGUCCCCUUCCCAAAGAACUUCCUCCAGAUCUGCAAGAAGAUCCUGUGCCGCCUCUUUCGGGUCUUCGUCCAUGUCUACAUUCAUCACUUUGACCGCGUCAUUGUGAUGGGCGCAGAGGCUCACGUCAACACCUGCUACAAACACUUCUAUUACUUCGUCACAGAGAUGAACCUCAUAGACCGCAAGGAGCUGGAGCCCUUGAAAGAGAUGACAACCAGGAUGUGUCACUAACACUCCACCUCAUCUUCUGGAAGAAAGGAACACUGUUUCCACCAGGAGGCCCCAUGGGACAGAAAGUGGCCCUCCAUGGCUGAAAGCGAUCCCGACUUCCAGGAGCAGGAAAGCCCCACAAGGACCUCUGAAAGACAUCUUUUACCCACUUCUCGUGCUCUUAACCCUCUAAGUGCUGCUAGCCAGGACCUGUGGGCCAUGUAGACCACAGCAUGAAGGACCAGCCUUAACCCCUUGGGCCGAGGACAGUGCAAGAGAGGCUGCUGCACUUCCGCCCACGUCACACUUCUGCCUGUGACCUGCCCGCUAGGCUUUACUGGAAUUCAGGUUUUGAGGCUGAGGGGUUUGUUGUGGUGGUUCUUUUCCACUUCCGUCUUCUUGACUAACUUCUCUGUCACUUAUUUUUCGAAGUUCUAAGCAAACGUGGAGUUCCUAUCCCAUCUCUCCUCCACUCCCUGCAGGUCUCUGGGCCUGUGGCUUAACCUUACAUGGGGCUUGGAGCUGGGGAAAGCCUGCAGUUCCUCUGGCAGCAUCCAUGCCGUUUCCCUCAUGGGCAGUUUCACCAGGGACCACUUUCUUGAUGGGCUACAUGAUCCGUACCCGAGACAGGCCGUUCCCAGGCUACCCUCUGGGACAAGUCUAGAUACAGGAAAUAAAGCUGGUGUGCGAUCUGUUUACCCUAGUCAGGAUGUAUUCUUUGUAGCCACAGUCAUUUCUAGAUGCUUCCAUUAAAGAUAGACUUUCCCAUUUCCCAGAAGAGAGGAAAUAAAGUUUUUAAAUGACCAGUAAGAUCCUUGAGCCAGAUUAGUGCAGUGUUUGUUCUUUAUUAAGGGGUAGUGAGUCUUGGCUGAUCCUACAUAUUAUAUUAUGGGGGCUUCAGUGACAAGACAACAGACAUUUGGUACAUGUAGAUUAAAUAUUUGUAGCCUUCCCAACUGACCCCUCCAUCCUAUUCCCCCCUCCUAUUUCCCCCCCCCCUCUUCCCAUUCUCUCAUUCUCUCCCUCCCCUCCCCCAUCUCUUUCCUCUUGUCCCUCCAUCUCCCGUACUAUAUGACACAGAGUGCAUUUCUUUCCAGUGGGUGUGCUAUAGUCAGUCACCAAGGCCUUCCUGCUCUCCGUUCAAUCUGUCCCUUCCGACCGUCAAAAUAGCCAUGCUGUGCUCUCUCUGCCUCUGGAAGCUUUAGCGAAUGAAAUGUUGCCUUCUCAGAUCCCUUCGCAGAACUGGUUCUGACCACUUGACUAAGAAGUACCCACACUUCCUGUGAUAUUUGAUUUUAAUAAAGUAUCUGUUGGUGGAGGGAAGCAGACAUGAAUGUAUUCUUACAGUUGAUGUAAUAACAAAAGAUGACUAAAUUAGUCUGAUGUUAUUUAGUGUACAUAAUGUGUUAAAGCCAUUUGUGGCCACCACAAAAGCCCAGAAAACGUGACAUCUCUGUGUAAAUGAAGACGCAGACCGUGCGGACUGUCUCGAAGAUGCUGUCUUCUGAAGACCAAUGCUACUACUGCUAUGUUGCUGGCUUGUUCCAACCUACAGGGACAUUUUUCUUUUCUCUCUAAGUAACUUUUAGAGGCCAAGAUAGGCAAUGGAUUUUGGGGUUUUUUUGGUUUUUGGUUUUUUGGGGUUUUUUUUUGGGUGGGGGGUUGGUUUUUGGUUUGUCAAUAUCACUUUGGGCUAAAAGUAUUAUCUGGCUGCCCUGAAGGUCCAGAGGAAAAAGAGUCUUGAAUUCCUGACCCAGGCUAUACAUAAUACCACACGGGUGUGCAGGAUGGUGGGGCUGAGAAAUGGCAGACCAUUCCACGUGGUCUUGGCGUGUCUCUGCAGCUUUGUACCUUGCACAACUGCAGGACUCAUGCAGUUGGAAGUAGAGUAUUCGCUUGCGUUUCAGUGAUGCUUAGUCAAGAAGGAAGACAUUUGUCAUUUCUAAAGUUAUUUUCUGUCAACUAUUUGGGUAUGUGAAUGGGAAAUUUCCAUCUAGCUUAAAACAUCCAGAUUUUUUUUUUAAUUCUUGGAAUUAUCUUCUUUGGCUUCUAUUGCUAAUUGCACUAAUCAGCUCUUAGAGUAAAAUCUGGCCACCUGCUCUGAUUUUUAAAGUAUGAGGUAUUCAUUCAUCCUAUAGAACUUUGUUUGGCAAAUUCUAAAAAUAAAUCUUCAGUAGCUGUCCAUAAGCCUUUGGCCAGACCUGAUCUUCACACAUCUGUAGUGCGAAUGGGAGAUUCUUGCAGCCUUGAGGACAGCCCCAGGCCUGGUUCUGUCUCCUAACUUUGUCCUUCCUCCUUCUCUACGUUCAUCUUAACUCUGGGGAAAUGCAAAGUUGAAAGAUUAGCAUGAGCACCCUGGGCUUGAGUGCACCAAGUGUUAGCGUAUCACCUCGGUUUCUUUCUUACUGUAAGUGAGCUCACUGCUGAACCAUCAGGAAAUAAUAAUAAUAAACAUCAUCAUCAUGUUUGAAAAUGCUUUCUCAUACCCCUCCUGUUAGUAAUCAGAACAUUACCCUAUCCGUUUUCAGUGUCACCAGGACCAAAGGGCAUUAACAAAGGGCACAUUUGGUUGACAAUCCGUGGUUCAAAUUCAAACUCUGCCUCAAAAAAAUUCUUUGUAGUUGAUUUUCUUUUAUACAAAAAUAAAUCUACAUGUAAUCAAAAACUACACAUUGCACUUACUUAUCAUCAUCUUCAUUUCCAUUCAUGUAUUAUCCUCUCUCUCUCUCUCUCUCUCUCUCUCUCUCUCUGUGUGUGUGGGGGAGGUCUGUCUUUCAUGACUGGCAUUACUAAACAAUGCACACUGAUUUGAAUAUGAAAUGUGCCCACAUUCUGAAAGAUUACUAUUAUCAUUAUUUAUUUGCAUGCACUCACACAUUGUUCUUCCUUUACCUUAGUGUCUUCUCAUUUAGACCCAUGCUUUAUUCAUUGAGCUCAGCUCACGUGAGAUUCUCUGUCUCUGUCUCUGUCUCUCUGUCUCUGUCUCUGUCUCUCUCUCUCUCUCUCUCUCUCUCUCUCUGGUUUUUCGACACAGGGUUUCUUUGUUUACCUUAACUUUCACAGUUGGUUGUGUCUCUCCAAAAGAGAUGAUUAGGAAUGAAAUGGUUUGGUGGCUUUGGUUUUUGUUUCCCCCCCCCCUUAUAAUUUUAAAGAAACUAUAUCCACAAGUCUGGGCACACCCUGAGAUCACAAGCAUAUGUUUUUAUCCUAAUAGAUACUGAUACCAACCAUCUCAUAAGAUAUUCCAAUCUGCCCUCUCAGGAAAAGAUAUGAACUUGGGAUGCACGCUGGAAACAGAGCGUUAGUUUCCCUUCUGUUCCCACAAGCACCUCCUCCAGGUUCCCUUACCUCUGGCUUUGGGUUCAGCCAGUGGAAAUAAUGAAAAGGAAAGAUUAAAUUACUGAUCUAGAGUCUUUUUCUGCUUCCUCGGCUGUUGAUCUUCUCUUCCCUGGAUGUUUUUUUAUUUCUUUUCUUAAUUAGGAAGGAACUUCGGAGCUUCUUAACUUAUUCUUCCUAUCUCCCAACCAUGCCAGCCACCUGCUGGGUAGAGCCUAUUCUCCUUUUGUGGAUAUUCAGGCACAGAAGUUCUACAGAAUCCUCUGUACGUCCCACUGAGACUUCACCACCUUUGAGACCCAACCCAUCCAACCCAAGCCAAAUAGUCCCUUUGAGCUCCAGCCUUUGUCUCAUGCCAUGUUAUUUAGGAAGGUCCCGAGAUGACACAGUGGUAGCACAUGCUUAAUAAUGGCAGCUUCAUUUGUACAUUAGGGAAAUAUCUGAAGCCUAAACCAGCGGUCCUUCAGCCUUCCUUCAGAAUCGCCCCAAUUGUGUCAUCUUCUCAGAAGUUUUCCCAUUUCACCAUUAAAUGUUCCUCUUGCUGAACUGGGAACUCCAUAGUUCUCCCUCUGUCUGUGUUACAGACUUUGCACACUGUGAACCCGAUGAGUUAUCUCAAGCCUUCUCCAGACCCUGGUAUGUUUUUUGCUAGUCUUGGCUGUAAGAGAAACCUUUGGAUUUUCUUACCUAUUUCAGUUGACCAUAUGGAAAUCUUUGACUAGGUUAUGUUGACCUUCCUAAGUUUCCUUCUUACUCUUAACAACCUCAUCACAACCUCACGCUGUUUGGGUUUCGUUGAGAUUUGAUUUAUUCCAACCCACCAUUUACCCAGUCCAUUGUCACUGAUGAAAGCACAUUACUUCCAAUAGUUCCUUAGCCUAAAGGACACCACACUAAGGAAAAGAAACACAGCAUAUCUUCAAAAAAUGGCAAAGCUAUCAUUUGGAGAAUAGCGUCAUUCUGGCUUUAAAGAAACUAGUGAUUCAUGACUAGAAUUAAACAAAGUAUAUUUUGGAAGUAGUGAUUUUUUUUUCCUGGUUUUAAAAAUGUUUAUAAAAAAAAAAAAGAACUUUUAUAACAAGCUAUUUUCCUCUGGACAUAUUAAGUAUGGGUAAAAGAUUUUUCAAUGAUAUGUAAAGGUUUGUGUAACACAGAGGAUGAGUCAUUUCUAAUGAAGCAAGCUGUUUUACUGGCUUCUAGUUCUCUGCUCUCAGAGUUUCCUUGUCUUUUCUUAAAUACAUCUGGAAAAUGCUAACUAUAUUUUUGUGAUUCCACUUGUGAUUCACUUGGGGGCUUGACUGUAAGAAAGCAGACUAACAUAAUUAAAUCAAUUAAAAGAGCUAGAUAAAUCUAAAGAAUAUUUAUGAAAUAAAUUUCUGUGUGAGCUUAAGAAUUCAGAGGUCAUGAAUAAAUGCUACAUAAAACCA